AUGCCGUUCCGGCCACUAGGAGCGCGUGUACGCUGCCACGUCACCGCGCAAGCACGCGCUUCCACCAACCAGCAGGGUUCAUCGCUCCAGCCCAGAUUCGGUGGCCGAACCUGCAGGCUUGGGGUAGCUCCGGCAGCUAUCGGUCCACAACCAAGGAGUUCUCUAGGUUUGGGGGAAACUGGUGCGCUGGGGGCGGGGAAUGGGGGAGGGGGGAGUUCCGCUGGGGGAGCUGCUUCCGCCUCAACCGCCACAACUUUAUCCGCUGCCCGUUCCCAGACCCCUGACCGGCCUCAGCCAUCCCUGGCCCGCCACGUGGCACGAAGCCUGCCCGUGGCGGUGUUGAGCGAGCUGGUGGCGGCAGCGGCUACAGCAGGAGGUACAGCCGCUACAGCCGCAGCCAAUAGCGGGCUGCCAGCUCACGCGGGGCAUCUGGCGAUUCCUGCUACAGCCGUGACGCCUGUAGCAGUGACGGCGCUAGCAGCUAUCUACGGAGCUUACCUGUCGGAUAACCUGCUGGGACGGCAGAAGCAGCCGCCAAAAACAGAGCCGUUGAUCAUCGAGUCAGUGGACGUCACAGAUUACCCCAUCUUCAGGCACCCAGAGGUGCUGCGGGCCGUUGAGUUCGCCAGGGACGCCCACUGGGACCAGUACCGCAAGACAGGAGAGCCGUACGUCAACCACUGCGUGCACACUGCUCGCAUCCUGGCUGCACUGGUGCCGCCUCAGGGAAAAAAGGCGGUGGAUGCUGUGGUGGCAGCAGUGCUGCAUGACAUUGUGGAUGACACGCCCUACGACAUUGCUGACGUGGAAAUGCUCUUUGGUGCUGACGUGGCACAGCUGGUGGAUGGCGUGUCUCGCCUCAGCCACAUCAACCAGCUGCUGCGCCGCCACCGCAGGGCUACGGCAGAGCAGAGAGCACAGGAGAACACAGGACUCAGUUCAGCAGACGUGGACAGCCUGCGAAUGAUGCUGCUGGGCAUGGUGAACGACCCACGAGUGGUGCUCAUUAAGCUAGCAGACAGGCUGCACAACAUGCGCACCAUCUACGCGCUCAAAGACAGCAAGGCGAGGGCCGUGGCUCAGGAGACGCUGUCUGUCUGGUGCUCCCUCGCCUCUCGCCUCGGUGUGUGGGCCGUGAAAGCAGAGCUAGAAGACCUCUGCUUCGCAGUGCUGGAGCCGUGCAUCUUCCGCCAGCUAAGGGGCGAGCUGGCCACCAUGUGGAGCUCCCCGGAAGACUGGCGGUCGCUGAGAGAGCGCCUGCGCCUCCGCCGCCGCCCUGCCCGCCCCCCCGCUGCUGCCGCUGCCGGGAGUGCUUCUGGGUCGGCAGAGAAAGGCGGCACCAAGAAGGGCACCACCAGCGGCGGCACUCAGAAAGGAAAAGGAAACAGCGGCACCGCGCAAGGGAACAGCGCCGCUCUAGCAAAAGGUGCCAAGAGCAAUGGUGUGCUUAUAGCGAACGAGUUCCUAUCCAUGGUGGCUGCAGCGGAGGGAGCAGUGCUGGACGCGGUGCCAGGUGGCAAGCUGCUACAGGGCGCGAGGGACGAGGAGGGGGAGGAGGGUGAAUCUGAGCCGUCGAUUCGGGAUCUGAUCGAAGCAGUUGUGCCGUUCGAUCUGCUGGCGGAUAGGAACAGACGGAGCAGGGCCGUGGCUUGGCCUGUUGCUGCUAGUAGAGCUGCUACUGGUGCUGGUGCUGGUGCUGGUGCUGGUGCUGGUGCUGGUGCUGGUGCUGGUGCUGCUACCACCGGAGGUGGAACAAGUGGUACUGAUGGUACAACCAGUGGUUCCAGUGGUGGGGGUAGUGGUGGUGUUGGUGCAAUUUUUGCUGCUAGUGGCACUACAAGUGGCAGUGCAAAUAGGGGGGCUACGAGGAGGAGAAGGACGGGGGUGAUGCGCGAUGCAGAGGUGGCUCUCACGGCUCUGCACGGCUGUGAGGAGGCACUGCAGCGAGAGCUGCUUAUCACCACCCCCUACGUGCCAGGGAUGGAGGUGGUCCUCUCCGGCCGCCUUAAGAGCAUGUACAGCUGCCACGCCAAGAUGCGGCGCAAGCGCGUGCCUCUCGACAAGAUCUACGACGCACGGGCGCUGCGGGUGGUGGUGGGGGAUGCUAACGGGACGCAGCACGAGGCGGCUGUAGAGGCGUGCUACAACCUGCUUAGUGUGGUGCACAGUCUCUGGACUCCCAUUGGUGGAGAGUUUGACGAUUACAUCCUCAACCCCAAGCCAAGUGGUUACCAGUCACUGCACACGGCUGUCAGAGGUCCGGACGGAGCACCUUUGGAAGUGCAAAUCCGCACUCAGUCCAUGCACGAGUAUGCAGAGUUCGGCCAUGCAGCUAACUGGCUGUACAAGGAGAGCGACACUCCUGGUACUUCCAUGCACGAGUAUGCAGAGUUCGGCCACGCGGCUCACUGGCUGUACAAGGAGAGGGACACAUUGUGUUCCAUGCACGAGUAUGCAGAGUUCGGCCAUAGGGCUCACUGGCUCUACAAGGGGAGGGACACUCCUGCCUCUGUCCAUGCACGAGUAUGCAAAGUUCGGCCAUGCGGCUCACUGGCUGUACAAGGAGAGUCCUUGUUUCCCCCCUCCCUCUCCUUCCCCUCAUUCUCCUCGGCCCCUUCCUUCUCCACCCCCCAGUCCAUGCACGAGUAUGCAGAAUUCGGGCAUGCAGCUCACUGGCUGUACAAGGUGAGUGAUACUCCUGACUCUGCCCCCUUCCCCAUACCUUUUCCGCUCCCUCCCUUUCCCCCCCUCCCUCCCCCCCAGUCCAUGCACGAGUAUGCAGAAUUCGGGCAUGCAGCGCACUGGCUCUACAAGGAGAGUGAUACUCCUGACUCUGCUCCCUCCACAGAACCUGAAUCGCCGUCCAAUGAGAACGCGCCACCUGUACAGUCAGGCAGCAAUCAGCAACAGCAGCAGCAGGGUGGUUCAACCUCCUCUUCCUCCUCCUCCUCUUCUCUCCUCUCCUCCUUCACCUCCUCUGUCUCCUCCAAAGUCUCCUCCUUCCUCUCCUCUCCUUCCCCUUCUGACCCUUCUGCUUCUGCUGGUGCUGCUUCUGAUGCUGCUGCUGCUUCUGGUGCCGCUGAAAGCAGUCGGGAGAGGAGGCGCGCAACAGGCAAGUUCCAGCCGUUUUCAGCCACGGAUUUCGAGAACCAGCCGUUUGAGGGAAUUGCCAGCAGCAGUAAUACUGGAAGUGGUUCCAAAGGGGGAACGAUGAGCAACAGGGGGAGAGAAAGUUCUAAGGGUGGGACACAGAGCAACAGGAGCAACAGUGGAAGCGGGGAGAUCGCUCGAGGGAGUUCUAAGGGAGGGACGCAGGGCAAAAGGAGCCUGCAGGGGAGGGAGGCUGGUAGCAGCAGAGCGACCAGUAGCAGCAGUUGGCACACAGACGCUGCGGCAGUGGCAGUGGGGUCUGGUGGUUUGGAAGGGGAGUCUUUCGAGGCGCCUCAAGGGUCAGAUGCUGCAGCAGUGGGAGUGGGGUCUGGUGGUUUGGAAGGGGAGAGGGAGAAGCAGCAGCAGCAGCAGCAGCAGCAGCAGGAGGAAGAGGUGCGUAGAGGUUAUAUUCAGCAGAGCCAAUCCAAUGCUGAUUCUUUUGCUCCAGGUGUUGCCUUAGAAGCAGCAGAACCAGCAGCAUCAGCGUCAGCAGCAGCAGCAGCAGCAGCAGCUUUCGCAUCCUUAUUACCCCAUACAGACGUUAUCACUUCGUCCGAACCAGACCAAACCACGAAAACACUCCGAAGCAGCACAGUCUCGGAUGCUCAGGCUCAGCCCGAGCCUGCCGCAGCCCCGGUGGUGGAUGCAGGUGUGGUACCCAUGGCAACAGUAUCCCAGGCUACAGCUAUUUUGUCUGAUGUGGGGGAGGUAGAUCAGGUGGAGGGUGAUCUAGAAGAGGAGGGAGAGGGGAAGGCGGCAGGGGGUGUUCAGGAAAAGCCAGUUUCUCGGCUUGCUAACAAUACUGCUGCUGCUGCUGCUGCUGCUGCUGCUGCUGCUGGUGCUGAUGCCACUACUAGCAUGGGUGGAGACAGUAACAUGGCCAACGAUGGCGUUAGCAGCUCGAAUGGUGGUGGCAGGGGAGUUGAGGGGAAGGAGGCGCCACUCUCGUCUGCUGCACGAAUCAACAACAAGGUCCGGCUUCUCCGGUCCAUGCUGCAAUGGGAGAGGGAGGUUCGGCACGAGGCAGCACCGGAUGGCACCCUGGCUGGUCUGGGAAUAGAUAGCAGCGGUAGCAGCAGCAGCAGCUUUGGCAGCAGUGGUGGUGGCAGCAGCGGCAGUGGCAGCAGUGGAGGGGAGGGAGAUGAGAUGGGAGGGGAAGGGGAGGGAACAGGACAAGACGGCCUAGUGGACGCUGUUGCUCUCAGUGAAGUACUCGUUAUAAGCUGGCCUGGGGGUGAGAUAGUGCGCAUGCCUGCAGGAAGUCUGGCAGGGGACUUUGCUCGCCUGCGAGCCAAGGCAGCCACGGGGGAUGCAGCAGCAGCAGCCGCUGUCAUCUCAUCCGACGGGCUGCGCCUCUCCCUCUCCCCCACCACCGCCACUCCCUCUGCCUCGGGCUCUAGAGCGGUUAGUGCAGAGGAGUCCAUCUUUGUCAACGGGAAGGCAGUGGAUCCCAGCACGCGGCUCAGGGAUGGGGAUCUGGUGGAGGUGCGCUGUGAGGGGGAGCUGUAG